UGCAUGCAUCACGGCUAGAGUCGGCUGGUUCGCGACUUUUGUACGCGGUGGUGGUGCGGGCAGUAUCCGCGACAAGAGCGAGAUAAGGUUUCGUCGAGUCGAACGGUCGGCCGAUCGCGGAUGAUUUGUCAAAGAUAGUGGUGGCGUGCGCGAGCACCCACCGUCAGCAGGACAGAGCAGCAGGGAGGGUUGAGGAUCGGCCGACGGUAGUGAUCUCGGUCGAGAGAGAGAGAGAGAGAGAGAAAGAAAGAGAGAGAGACAUAGAGUGAGCGAGUGAAUCGACGUGAACCUUGCCACGCUCGCGAACCGAGGAGGCUCGGUGGUGAAUUUUCGAUAACGGUGCCGUGACGCCCGCACCGUCCCGAGGACGAUCGUCGACGUCCCUGUCGUCGUCGUCGUCGUUGUCCGCGGGGAGAGCGUGCGGAGGCGGUUCUUUUUUCUCUCUUCAUGACGCGAGCCGACGCGUCGGGGACCGUGCGUGCCUCGUCGAAGCGCGAGACGGAACGAGCGACGUGAGAGGUGGCCGACAACACAACACGCGCCUGCCGUGCAACGAGCAGGAGCAUCGGCCGACGAAAAAAACACACGACGUCGAAGCCCGCACACGCAGGCACGCAUACAUACACGCGCGCACCCGAGUGCGUCACCGCCCAUAUGUGAUGUGUCCCGUGCGUGAGAGCGAAUGAGUAAUCAUGUACUGUCAGGACAAGAGUUCGACCGCCUCCAAGAGCAAAGAGGGGCCUGUGACAAUGCGGGAGAAAAAAGGCGGUGCUCUCAGCAGAGUACAAAAAUUGAAAAAGCGUCUCAGUCAUAGUUUUGGACGACUUUCUAUAUCAAAAGAAGAGGCUGAUGAUGCAGCAACCAGAGGCCAAUUGCCAUACAAUGGCUAUUCUGAGGAGUUCCUAGAUCGUUUGGAGCCAAAUGGCAACAUACCUGUGGAUAAAGAUCAUCGUUAUGAAUGGACAGGUGUGGGCGACCAUGAGAGAGUGCAUCGGCAGCUUUCGGUUUCUAGCGAUUCCAAGCUUCUCGAUGAAGACAUACGGGAAGAAGCUAGGGUAAUCCUGCGGCCCCGACGUCCACCACGGCCCAAAUCUGAAGUUUUUCUCGGCCCGGAUCCACCUAGAAGAACUAAAAGAUUCUCCGCCUUUGGGGGAGAUUCGCCGUUUGGUAAAUCCGAGGCUUAUAUAAAACUGGAGCAGUUGGGAGAGGGAUCAUACGCCACAGUGUUCAAAGGCUACAGCCAUCUCACUAAUCAGGUGGUGGCUCUUAAAGAAAUUAGACUGCAAGAGGAGGAAGGAGCUCCGUUUACUGCCAUUCGCGAGGCAAGUCUCCUCAAAGAGUUGAAACAUAGCAAUAUCGUGACCUUACACGAUAUUAUUCAUACACGCGAGACGCUCACCUUCGUAUUCGAAUACGUUCACACCGAUUUAUCGCAAUACAUGGAGAGGUAUGGAAGCGGUAACGGAGGAUUAGACCCGCGUAAUGUUAAAUUGUUUCUUUUUCAAUUAUUGAGAGGAUUGGCGUACUGUCAUCGCAGGAGAGUCCUGCAUAGAGAUGUAAAGCCGCAGAAUUUAUUAAUCAGCGAGAUAGGAGAGCUUAAAUUGGCAGACUUUGGGUUAGCGAGAGCAAAAUCUGUGCCAUCGCAUACAUACUCGCACGAGGUCGUGACCUUAUGGUAUAGGCCGCCCGACGUUCUUUUAGGUUCCACAGAAUACUCCACCUCCCUCGACAUGUGGGGAGUAGGUUGCAUAUUUGUGGAAAUGUUAACUGGCGAACCGACAUUCCCAGGUGUACGCUGUACGUACGACCAACUCGAUAAAAUAUUUAAAGUGUUGGGCACACCCACCGAGGAGACUUGGCCGGGUGUUACGCAUUUGCCCGGGUAUAAGGCACAUAGACUGUUAUUUUAUCCACCGCGGAAACUGGGGCUCUCGUUUCCCCGGCUCUACGACAUCGCCGAGGGAGAUAGUAUGGCGUCGUCGCUCCUGCAACUGAAUCCCGAUCAACGGAUAGGAGCGGAGGAAGCGUUAGCACACCCCUAUUUCGCUUCUCUUCCUAGGAAAUUAUACGAAUUACCUGACGAAGUGUCGAUAUUCAGCGUAGAAGGUUGUCACUUGUAUACAAACUCGAGGCAUGGGUGCGCGGAUUCGCGUCACACGACUCUUAAGACUUGAGGUUAAAGCAAACGUUAAUGAAGUAAUAUUAUAAGUAAAUUCGCAAUUUACACAUUGAGUGAAACGUUCAUUCGUAUGAGAGAUCCAUAUGUUCAGAUACACAUACACAAUACACACACAGGCGCACAUGCAUUACUCCUACAAGCGUGUUGUUCGCUCUCUCUCAGGGCUGCUCCAUGAUAUUUCCCCUUGUUCUUUUCAUACAUAAUAACAAUAUUCUUUUCUCCUUUUCAAUCUUUUUGUUCUCGAGAAUAUAUCGAGUAAAUUAAUUAACGACGAUAAGUGGUCACACAAGGAAACAAGAAAGUAAAGCAUACGGCUAAAAGUUAAAAAAAAAAACGAUUUAUAAGAAUUUGCGCACGCUCGAUUUAGAAAGCAAAAGCACGCACGACCCAUCCUUGCACUUCGUCCAAAUACUAGAUUUAGAUCAAUACCAAUCAAAAAGAAAGGAAAAAAAGAUACCAUAUCGCCGCCCUACGUCCCCCCGAAAUCCCAGCCCAAGCCAAAUAGGGCGGGCGGUCGCUGGUUAGCGAAACUAUUACGAAGUAAUUAAUUACUUAUCUUAGAAAAAUUAUGGAAGACCUGUAGCACUCUCUAUAUAAAACAAACUUUACUACUGCUGCUUUCGAGCAUACGAUGUUGGUCGCUAAGACAAUUGAAAAUAUUGAUAGAUAAAAUAGAGAAUCGUUGUUCGAUUUAAAAAAAUUAAUUAUUAAUUAGAUGUGAUGAUAGCAAAUAAGAAAUAGGGAGCUUAGGAAAGACGGCGAGUCAGUAUUAGUCAAGUGCCGUAGUUGCCAACAUCGCGAGAUGCAGCGAAAGAAACUAACUGAACGCUCAUCGUCGAUAGUUCCGAUGGUAGUGAUUUAGACAUAAGUGAUUAGCCUUAGAUCGUAUUUAAUAUCAAUCGAAGUUUAUCGACAAUGUCGCAACGUAGCAUAAAUAAUGAUAGCGAUUCAAGAGAAAGAGAGUUACGGGGUAGCGAUUUUAGACUUGUCGAAAUUUCAUUUAUUCAAUUCGCUGCUAAUUAUUAUCAACAUUAGCCAAAUGGUGCUCGAAUUAUAAACUGACGUGUUUAAUCGAUCUCGUACUCGUGACGUAAAUAUUUAACGAGUAUCCGUUCGAUUUUCUAAAAACUACCGGAUAUAAAGUAGCGUUGGCAAUAGUAGAAAUAGGGAAACGUAAGGGAAAAAACGGCGUUACAGUUCUUCCAAAUUUUGUCUAAGCUACAAGUGACGAUUAUUGCGCGGUAAUAUUACUCCUUUUCGUAGGUUACAUUUAUACCGAUUUUUCAGCACACGUAUUAAAUAUAUACAUCAUAUAUAUAUAUAAAAUAUAUAUAUCGAUGAUGCUGAGAUAGCUGAAUCGAGAUAAUAAAUGUGACUUUGUAAUUCAGACAUAUGGUACACUGUGGACCCUGUUCAUUCUUAACCCGGCAGUGGUAUUACAGGGCUAAAGUGCGAAAUAACCCGUGGAUCGCAUUUCAAAUAACAAUGAGCUAUUUUCUGAACUAAAACGUCAAAUAGUUUUUAAAAAAUUAUACUUUAUUUAUAAAAAAUACGCUUAAGAUUUAUUUUUACAUGUUGUGGGAAAAGGAUAUUAUAGCGUUUUCGAAUGAAGCAAGUUUAAUCGCUCUGAGAGCGAUUAUGUCACGAUGUCAUAGAUUCCGUCUUGGGUUCUAGGGAUACUUGGAUUAUUAAAUUAAUCAAUAAAAUAUUUCGAAUAAGCAUUUGAUCGAUUAAUCAAGACAAAAAAUCUUAUGCUUUAAAGCCAAAAUAGCUUAAUAAAGUUAAAGAGGAUGUUCUUUGUAGUAUUUAUAUUAUUAAUGUAUUAAUUAUAUUAAUCAUUCUCAAAAUCCAUUUUUAGUCGAACAUAUUUUCAUGGCAAAGCGAUCAAACCUACUUUACUCAAAAACGUUAUUAGUAAGCUAUAUAAUAAAUGACAUCCUAUAUAUACACAUGUAUAGAUAUACACAUACACACAACGAAAAAACAUUUAAACUUGGAAAUGUUACAAUACUUUUAGUGUGUGCGCGUGGUACAGGACAAAAAUGAUUUUCCUUUUAUUGACCAUAAUAACAUAAUUUUUAUUUUAGUUUUUCUUUUCAUUAUUGUGUCAAAAAAGAAUUUUUCGUAAUUAAAUAAAUUGCAGUGUCAAUAAAACUCAUUAUUUUGAUGAUCAUCUUUAACAUUUUACAAAGUAUACGUAAUAUAAAGUUAAAUUGUUUAGAUGUUUAAGACUGCGUUUUUUUAUUCUGUCAUUUCGUGAAAAACGAGCAUUUAUAGUGUAUAUUAGGUAGGAUGAUGUAAUAUGAAUAAGUAUUAUAUAGUGUCUUUCUAUUUACGGGGUUCCCAUAAAUCGUUGAUUGUAUUUUUUUAAAAGUGGUGCUAAUUUUUUUUACUCUGAUACGAAAUUUGUUUUUACAAUCUUAUUCUAUCCUAUGGAUGUGGUAAUUUCGGUUCUUGUUUCUAAAAAGACAUUUUUAAAUGUUUAAUUGUAUAUAUAUUUACUCAUGUAAACACGCGAGUUGCUUUACAUUGAUUUUAAUAAAUGUAAAGAGAACAGAGAAAAAAUCAAAAAUAUAUUUAAAUAUUUUUUAAAUUAAAUAUAUUGAUUCUAAAUUAUUCAAAUAAUCUAUUAUUUUUUUAUACCAAAAUAUAAAAAAUAUAAAAAAUAUUUCAAAAACAAUCGUAUUUCAAAUGCAGAAUAUAAACUCUCAGAUUGGCUUUUAAAAUAACAAAAAAAUUGAUUUUGCAUCAUGAAUAUUACGAUUUGCACAUUUUGUAUAUAUAAUAAUAUUUUAAUAACCUUUCAUAUAUACACACACACGUUUUAUAUGUUGCAUCUAAUUCUGAAAUAUAAUAUUGAGAUCUAUAAGUAUGAUCUCAUACUUGAUGCAUUUAUUAAUCUUGUAUUAAGAGAAAUAUUUUUAUCACAUUAUCAAUAAUAAACAAAUUCUGGCGUCUCCUACCACUGCCGAGUUAAGCAUUUACCAUACACGAGGUUCCGUUUAGUUUAAAAAGAAAUUGUAACACGAAAAUUCUCUUGUAUAAUUAUAUGACAUGUACUUAUGUUGCCUCUAAGUGUAUCGAUUUUGUACGUGCAUUUUUUUUCUUCCGUCUAAUUGUACAUUUUAUUUUGUAAUUUUUUUUUUAUAAGGAAUCGCGCGAACAUAUAUCAAAGCCGCUGCGGAAUUGUGUAACGAAAAAGAUACAAAAAAAGAGAAUUAUGUUUUCACAUAUACAUCUUUUGCGUUCGAAAAUGGACACUUCGCGUCAUUGCGAGGACAUGUGUUUUAUUACACAUCUGUCCGACGUUUAGACCGAUUGAUCAAUUCCGGAUUUAUCCGGAAGCAUCAAGUUGAACGUAUUGUGCCUGUGCUACAAAUAUUUGAAAUAAUAAAGAUACAACUCGCUAUUACAUGUUACGUAUUUCACACUUACUUUCACGUCACGAAAAAUGCAUGACAUAAUAAAAAUCAUUGAAUCAAUCACAGGGGAAUGACUAGUAUAUCAAAUAUAUAUCAAAUUUAAGUUAUAUAAAAACUUCACAUAUACACAAAAGACACUAUUUUAUAUUUCAUACGAGCAAAUUUUUAAAAAUAUAUAUCAUGUAUUCAUGUGUGUAUGUUGUGUGCAUGUGAAAUGAAAUUUGCAUCUCAAUAUAAAAUACAAAGUAUUUUAAAUUUUAAAUAAAUGAAAUCUCUUUA